AUGGAAGAUACAACAUCAGAACAUUCAUGUAGGGAAGAUAAAGCCUCAGAACAUUUCAGUAGGGAAGAUAAAACAUCAGAACAUUGCUGUGGGGAAGAUAAAGCCUCAAAACAUUCCUGUAGGGAAGAUAAAGCCCGAGAACAUUCCUGUAGGGAAGAUAAAGCCUCAGAACAUUCCUGUAGGGAAGAUAUUAAGCCUCAGAACAUUCCUGUAGUGAAGAUAAAGCCUCAGAACAUUCCUGUAGGGAAAAAAACAUCAGAACAUGCCUCUAGGGAAGAUAAAACAUCAGAACAUUCCUGUAAAGACGAUAAAGCCUCAGAACAUUUUUGUAGGGAAGAUAAAACAUCAGAACAUGCAUGUAGAGAAGAUAAAGCCUCAGAACAUCCUGGAAGAAAAACAUCAGAACAUGCCUCUAGGGAAGAUAAAACAUCAGAACAUUUCUGUAGGGAAGAUAUUAAGCCUCAGAACAUUCCUGUAGUGAAGAUAAAACCUCAGAACAUUCCUAUAGGGGAGGAUACAGCCUCAAAACAUUCCUGUAGUGAAGGUAAAGCAUCAGAACAUUCCUGUAGGAAAAAUAAAGCCUCAGAACAUUGCUGUAGGGAAGAUAAAGCAUCAGAACAUUCCUGUAGGGCAGAUAAAGCCCCAGAACAUUCUUGUAGGGAAGAUAAAGCCCCAGACCAAUCCUGUAGUGAAGAUCAAGCCCCAAAACAUUCCUGUAGGGAAGAUAAAGCCUCAGAACAUUCCAGUAGGGAAGAUAAAUAUCAGAACAUUCCUGUAGGGAAGAUAAAGUCCAAGAACAUUCCUGUAGUGAAGAUAAAGCCCCAGAACAUUCCUGUAGGGAAGAUAAAGCCUCAGAACAUUCCUGUAGUGAAGAUAAAGCAUCAGAACAUUUCUGUAAGGAAGGGAAGAUAUAAAGCCUCAGAACAUUCCUGUUGGGAUGAUAAAGCCUCAGAACAUUCCUGUAGGGAAGAUAAAGCCGCAGAACAUUCCUGUAGGGAAGACAUAAAGCCUCAGAACAUUCCUGUUGGGAAGAUUAAGCCUCAGAACAUUCCUGUAGGAAAAAUAAAGCCUCAGAACAUUGCUGUAGGGAAGAUAAAGCCCCAGAACUCUCCUGUUAGGAAGAUAACGCCUCAGAACAUUGCUGUAGGGGAGAUAAAGCCCCAGAACAUUCCUGUCGGGAGGAUAAAGCCUCAGAACAUUCAUGUAGUGAAGAAAAAGCCCCAGAACAUUUCUGUAGGGAAGAAAAAGCCCCAGAACAUUGCUGUAGGGAAGAUAAAGCCCCAAAACAUUCAUGUAGGGAAGAUAAAGCCCCAGAACAUUCCUGUAGGGAAGAUAAAGCAUCAGAUCAUUCCUAUAGGGAAAAUAAAGCCUCAGAACAUUCCUGUUGGGAAGAUAAAGCCUCAGAACAUUCCUGAAGGGAAGAUAAAGUCCUAG